AUGAGUCACCUCAAAGGAUCAAUUAAAAAAAUUGAUGUAGCAUUAAAACUUAAGUGGAUCCAAUUAGACAAUAUUACCUAUAUUGAUUCUAAAGGAAGAGAAAGACUUUGGGAAUCAGCAUCUAGAACUACUAAAAAAGGUGAUACAGAUGGAGUGGAUAUUAUAGCAACAGUUAAAAAGCCAGAUGGUAAAAAAUAUGUAGUUUUAAUUCUUCAAUAUAGACCACCAGUUAAUAAUUUGGUUUUAGAAUUUCCAGCAGGUCUUGUUGAUGGUGAUGAGGAUGUUGAAAAAGCAGCAAUUAGAGAGUUAAAAGAAGAAACUGGUUAUGUUGCAAAUAAGGUUUUAUUAACAUCUCCAAGUUUACCUUUAGAAUGUGGAAUGAGUGAUGCAAAUGCUAAAAUUUGUGUUGUUGAUUUAGAGGAAACAAUAUCACAAGGUCAAGAGUUAGAAGAUUCAGAGGAUAUCGAGGUUUAUUAUUUAGCAUUGGAUAAUUUGUAUAAUGAAAUUGAGGAUUUAAGAAAAAAGUUAAAUUGUUUAGUUGCCGUUCAACUAUACACAUUCGCAAUGGGUUUAAAUUUUAAUAAUAUUUUAAAUGGCAAUAAAUAA